AUGCCUCAGUUCUUUAAGAACGACCUAUACUUGGUCCCCAUUGACAAAGUAUCACUGCAGAGCACGCUCAAUGAGCUCAGAGAAGCCAUCACCCGGGGUUUUGCAUUGAUCAAAGCGAACAGCCCUACACCAGAUAUAAAUGACACCAGGGCGUUUGGCUCUUUAUAUACCGGCGACAAUGGAAUUGCAGUCAUGGCUACUCGCAUAGCUAUUCAAGCCAAAUACCUCGGCGGUACCAAGGCAGAGACUGAUGCGUUGGUUGCCAGUGCCCAUAGUUUGGCUAAGGAGCGUCUCAGCCCGCAUCUGGUUGAUAUACAUCCACAGCAUGGACAGGUUUCGCCAACCGGAUCAGCUCAUCUUGGUGCUGCAUUUGCUCGUACCUUUGCUGCCGCAGCGAAUAUGACGUCUCGGACGGGGGGUGUUUGUAGAAUCCAUUCUCGGGACGUUGCAUGUGUCUGUGAAGCAUUUGACCAUGCGUGCGAUGAGAACUACGGCCUCGGAUACGAUGAUGCCCUGAGCGGAAGAGCAGGAAUUCUUCGUGCUGUUCUUGCUUUUCGUCAGUUUCGUCUAGACAGGGAGACGGCGGCAUCCUACACCAUGGUAUUCGAGAGUGUGCCCAUUUUGGUAAACUGCAUGAUAGAGGCAGGUAAACAUGGGGCAGAACUGUUCGUGGAAGAGCAUGGAGAAAGCGAAGCUCUUCCCCUUAUGUGGCCGUGCCGGGGUGGUAUCCUUGCCAUCCUCCUCGAAUGCAAACUUGAGGAGCUAGGAGAUGGAGACCCGGAAAACAACCAUCUUCCUAUCAUUGGGAGGACAAUCACACAGCUUUGCAAGCUAGUCAUCGCCAACGAGGGCCAUCUCCCAUCCUCUCUACCCCACAACUCACUAUCACGUCAUUCCCCUCUCGUCCAAGUCUGCCAUGGUGCCCCUGGGUUCUUGAUUCUACUAGCCCGCUCACGAGGCAUUGCACGCCUAGCGAGUCUACAUUGGGAACCAUGCUGGGACAAAGCAAUAUACAUGGCCAGCCAAAGAGUAUGGGAACAAGGCCUCAUUUUCAAGGGUGGCAGCAUAUGUCAUGGCAUCGCGGGAAACGCAUGGCCUUUCUUAAUGCUACACAACUUGUUUGAGUACGGACCUCAGGGCACGAGAGCCGAUAGGAUGGCCUUCAAUGAGCGACUGGCACAAACACCGCCGCCUCCGCAGAAAUGCUCUGCAGACCAAUACCUUUCGCGCGCAUUGGCUUUCCUCCUACAUGCCAGAAAGACGCAGCCUUUCAACACGCAUACGUAUGAGGAGGGCAUCCAGUAUCGUAUGCCAGAUCACCCAUAUAGUCUAUACGAAGGGCUUUCUGGGACGAUUGUUGCUUGGGCAGAGGCCUGCGUAGUGAUAGCAGCGCGCCUGCGAAAGAUGGAGGUUGACGAAGCUGUUGGCCAUGGUGCCUAUGAUAGUGAUGGAGCUUUUCGCCGAGACCUCCGCCAUGUGUUGGGAAUCCCUGGAAUUGCAGUUCAGGGAUAUAUAUAA